AUGUCACCGUCUCCGCCAGGCUUAGACGCCUCGACCGACGAAUACGACUCCUCUACUGGCCCCAUUGCCGACGCGCUUGCAAAGUUCAUCGCCGAAUCGUGCAGUUACGCUUGUGGAGGCGAAAAUUCCAUUCAAGGAUCAGAGCUCAACGUGACAGGUCAGAACCAGGAGGGCUUUAAGCCGAAGCCUCUGGCUUCUCCAGUCACCAUUCGCUGGGACGCUGCCACGACCAACAGCAAGCUCGUACUACCGGCCGAUCUGGGCAGCAAUACAGCCGAUGCUGAAGCCUUAGCAGAACUCCUCAGGUGCGCCCAACCGGCAACCUUUGGCUGUAAUGGAAUGGAGGCCACAGAUGAACGCUACCGGAAGGCGUUAGAGAUGAAACCAUCCGCAUUUUCUACCAAUUUCUGCCCGUACACAGCUGGGAUAGUUGAUGCUAUUGCUCAAGCGCUCCUUCCGAAUGCGACGUCUCCCAACGGCCAUCAUGGAGUUCGAGCGGAGCUAAGCAAGUUGCAUGUAUAUACGUCUCCAUCGGGCAUGUUCAAGGCCCACUUUGACACUCCACAGUCUGCCUCGCAUUUUGGCACCCUUGUUGUUUGCCUUCCUUGUGUGCAUGAAGGUGGCCAAUUGAUUGUCCGUCAUCGUGGCCAUUCCACCACUUUUGACUGGUCUAAAUCUUCAAACUCCCUUCAAUGGGCAGCUUUUUACACUGAUUGCGAACACGAGGUCCUUGAAGUUACCUCGGGGCACCGGUUGGUGUUCACCUACAAGUUGUGUGUUUCGCGCGGUUUAGGCGAUCUGGCUGGGAAUUGCGAUGUAAUCAACUUCCAGCAGCUACCACUCUACCAGAAGGUCAAAGAAACGCUUGUGAAUUCGGAAUUCAUGCCAAAAGGGGGCCACCUUGGCUGGAAGUGCAGUCACGCCUACGCUCAUGGUACGAAUGCGGGUGCUGCUGCUUUGCCAACUGUUCUCAAGGGUUCUGAUAUGGCGAUCUAUGAAGUGUUUCGUUCCCUAGACCUCCCUGUUUGCAUCCGUCCAGUCCUUCAGGAUAUUUCCAAUUUCUAUUCAGCUGGCGACCUCGGUGAAGUGGAGGAUCUCCAAGGUCUUGAUCAUGUCGGUCAUGAUUUUGGUGAUCCAUAUACAAUGGAUCGAUAUUCUAACGAAACGACUAUGCGUGAUUAUUAUGACCAAUAUCCGCAUUCUCUACACAAGGUUACCUGGUUACAGAACCGUGCUGAGGCAGAAGGAAAUGUAGAAAUUGCUUAUGUCGCUCCGUAUGCGGAUUUAGCGUCAGAGGCUGGUGUCAUCUACAGCUAUUGUGCUCUGAUUUGCAGAAUCUCUCCCUACGAAGAGCGAGUCAAUUUAGACCAUACUGGCACAACAGAGUGAACUUUGCUCAUCAAGGCGACUACUUUGGUGUGUACGUGCAAGCGUUCAAACUUUGUACCCGUAGGCUAAGAAGCGCUGUGGGAUUGUGGCAUUCAGAAUAAAAACUGAUAUUAGAGGACAAUGUUGUGAAGCC